ACGGCGGAAAACUACCACUGCCUACAAAACAUGCUUUUGAAGUUGUAUUUCUCCCAAUGGAUUCUACCAAAACUGAAAAGGAAAAGGGUCAUGGACCUGGUAGUCACAAUUCAGUAGAGAUUGAAGGCGUCAGUUGGCCGCCUUUAGUGUCUAAAGAAAGUUUAAAGGCAAUCAAAAACUUUGAUGUCCGGAACGAUGAUGUUUGGAUUGCUUCUUAUCCGAAAGCAGGCACUCACUGGGUCGCUGAAAUAUGUCAUCUCAUUCUGAACAACGGUGACUUAGAGAAAGUCGACAGACAGCAAGAGCCCUUACCCCUAGAGUUUGAAGCCAUGGCGACGAUCAGCGAGUUGGCAAAGUUUGGUGGGACAGAGCGGCUUCCACGAUACCGAGCAGCUCCGGGAUGGAAAUCUCCUCGUGUUAUCGUCACUCACGUCCCAAGAAGCUUCCUCCCGGACCAACUUUUGAAAGAGAAAAAAGGAAAGAUUAUAACACCCGUUCGAAACCUAAAGGACACAAUGGUUUCAUAUUACCAUUUCUACAAAGGCAUGAUGGCACACAAACUAAAGGAUUUAACAUUUGCAGAAAGUUUGGAGGUGAACUGUUUUGGAGACAAAAUUAACUAUUCAUCCUGGUUUGAUCAUGUGCUUGAAUAUUGGGAACAUCGUCAUGACGAUGGAAAUCUGGUUCUUAAAUAUGAAGACAUGAAACGAGACACACGAGGAGCCGUCAUUCAGAUAGCAGACCACCUAGAGCGCCCUCUAUCAGAUGAAGUGAUUGAUAAAAUAACAGGUUUGGUUUCUAUGGAGAAGAUGAAAACAAGAUAUCAUGUAGCUGGUGAACCUAGAGAGUUUAAGGACGAUGGGACAGCCAUCAAAAGUGGUGCACCAAACCUCAUGCGAAAAGGAAUUGUCGGAGAUUGGAAGUCUGCGUUCACUGUGGCUCAGAAUGAGAGAGUGGAUGAACUCUACAGAGAGAAGAUGAAAGACACAGAUCUGGAGUUUGAUUUUGGUCUAUAAGCCGUAAGGGUGGACCACACUAAAUCGGCCGAAGUUCACGUGCCAAGCUGAUUAUCUUAGAGUGUAGGCCCUCACAAUCUUUUGAAUAAGAACGUUUUGUGGGGUCAUGCAACUUAAAUAGAUUGUGUAUUUGUAAGAAUCUGUCACAACCUCGUGUUCUGGAUUUUCAACUGUCGAGGAGAUUUGAUUAAAUUGAGCAUUAAAGUUGGUCCUAUUUAGCUUGGGAAUUGGAGGAGUGCCCCAUGUAAAAUGGCAGCAAGUCGUUUUGGGAAAAAAGGACUUUUUGGUGGUGUUUUAUUUGUGGGUAAUUAGCAAAUAAAAUUAUUUUAGUAUUGAAAGUAUUUUAGUAUCGAAACAAAUAAAUCAAAUUGUUAAUUUAAAAAAAUUCAAAUUAUAUAAGCUUUAUAUGUGAUAGACACUUGAUGUUAGACCUUUUGGUUGAAUUAAUUCUUUGUAUUAUUCCUUUCAGAGUGGCUGCACAGUAUUAAUGAUUACAUUAUUUCAUUAAGUAAUAAAUAGGAACUUCUUAUGAUUUUGAACCUCAUUAUGUUACAUGGAAUGGUCACAGCUAAAAUUUUAUUAUGAAAAUAUUCGAAUUAUAUAUCUAAGCCAGUUACAAGACAAUGUUUUGUUUAAUUGUUAGUUUGUUUGGUUGUUUGGUUGUUUGGUUGUUGUUCAUUGAUUCGUUCGUCGUUG